UGUCUUAGUACCUUGCUUCUCCCUCAGCUUGCCUCAGCAUCUCUGCUCUCAGACCUCCACCCACCAAACACCACUGAAAUGGCCUUUGCUGGAAGAUGGGAAACUGAGACCCAGGAGGGAUACGAUGAGUUCUGCAAACUGAUUGGUAUCCCUAAUGAUAUCAUUGAGAAGGGCCGUAACUACAAGCUGAUCACAGAGGUCACCCAGGAUGGUGAUAACUUCUCCUGGACCCAAGUCUACCCCACAAACGUCAGGUCCACCAACAAGUUCACCAUCGGCAAGGAGUGUGACAUGGAGACCAUCGGAGGAAAGAAAUUCAAGGCCACUGUGCACAUGGAGGGAGGCAAGCUGAGUGUGACCUUCCCCAACUACCACCACACCUCUGAGAUCAGUGGAGGCAAGCUCAUUGAGACCUCCACAGCCGGUUCUGUAGUGCUGAAGAGAACCAGCAAGAAGCUGUAGAUGCUGCCUGACCUUAGACCUGUCACAGUUAGAAUGGGGACCUCAGAACUACAGCUACUGCUAUCAAUAAACUAAGAA